AUGGAGAAAUGUAUUGAAGAACUGUGGGCACGCAUAGACAAAAAAUUUGACGAACAAACUGCCAACAUAACAAACGCAGUGACAAGUAACGUCAUGGUGGCGAUUGAUGACAGGCUCAAAUCAUUAACGGACGAAAAUACUCAACUUAAGACAAAAAUAUGUACUUUAGAGGAAAAACUCAGUUUUAUCGAAAGAGAAAAAAGAAAAAAUAACUUGGUAGUGUUUGGAAUUGAGGAAAUCGGAAAAACUGAAGCCGAACUGGUUGAUUACGUGAAGGAAACUAUAGUUGAAUCCGGAACAUACUUGGACAGUCAAGAAAUCAACAAUAUAUAUAGAAUCGGCAAAAAAGUCAGCGACAAAAACCGGCCCGUUGUCAUCUCCAUUGCAUCAACAUGGAAAAAACACUUGAUACUUAAAAACAGAGCGAAACUUCCGGAAGGUAUCUACAUAAAAGAAGAUUUCCCUAAGGAGGUACUUGAAAAGAGAAAACAGCUACAAAACCAAGUGGAGGAAGAAAAGAAGAAAGGAAAUGUGGCCUUCAUAAAGUAUGAUAAGCUUAUAGUGAAAAAACCAACAAAUAAUAUCAGGGAUAAAAGGAAAAGAGAAGACACUGGAGAAAGGAAUGACAACGGGAAACGCUUGAUAAACCUAGCCUUCACCUACAACCUCAAGAUAAUGAACAGCUUUUAUAAAAAGAAACAUAGUAAGAAGUGGACAUGGGUCUCGCCAAAUGGCCAAACAAAAAAUGAGAUAGACUACAUUCUGACCAACAAGCCAUCCAUUUUCAAAGAUCUAGACACAGUAAACCAACUCAACUUCAACACAAACCACCGCAUGAUGAUCAAAAACAAAAAUGAGGAUACAAUUCAGAAUAAGUACAAUACACUAGAAAGAGAACUAAAAGCUAUAUCCUGCAAAAUCAACAACUCGAAAAUAUACAAAGAUAAGAUUGGGGAUGAAGCAAGGGCUCUGAUGGAAACUAGAAAGCGUCUUAUAGUGAACAGAACCGUGAACAGAAAAGAAAUUGCAGAAUUGAAUAAAGAAAUCAACAACAAAAUUAGAAAACAUACAGCAAGAUCUAGACUGCAGACGAUACAACACCAUAUAGAGAGAACAGGAGGAACAAAAAAGGCACUAAAAGAACUAAGGGAUAAAACUGAAUGGAUACCCAACCUACACAACAAAGUAACAGCAACUAAAGUCUCUACCCGCCCACUGAUCAUAGACACCGCAACAGAAUUCUAUCGGGAACUAUACAGUGAUACAGAGAACACCAACAGUCCCCUAGAAUACAAAGAAGAUGAGGAAGAAGUCCCUACUAUUCUGGAAAGUGAAACAGGCAGCUGA